AUGGCCACCAGAGCAGCGGUAACUGUAAGCUCUCUCUCUCUCUUCCCGGAGCCCAACCGUCCUAGACGGCGGGAUUCUCCUUUGACAGCACUCUCCACCGCACCGCAGAAGUGCUCCCGAGCUGCGCCGGCGACAGCGGCGGGCCGCAGGAGCUUCGUGACGUCCACGGCAGUGAAGACGAAGGCCUACUCUUUCCCCAUUCCCGACUUCAUCCACGAACCUCAUGGACGAAGGUCCACAUCCCAACCGAGAGAGAGAGAGAGAAAGAGAGAGAGAGAGAGGAUGAUGGUCUGUUGGGCGUUGCAGGGUGGUGGUGAAGGGGGAGUACGUGCCGGUGUGCGUAUCGCUGGGGCUGAUCGGGCUGUCGGCGUCGCUGGGGCUGUACGCGGCGAGGCGGCAGCUGGUGUACUCGCCGAGCGUACUUGUGAGCAAGAAGCGCCGGGAGAUGGUGCCGGAGGUGGAGGACCCCGACUGGGCUAUCGCAGAGGCUGAACUCUUCCUCAGCCACUCCAUCUUCCGCCGGCUCGCCCACCUCCAGGACUACCGCCACCCAGCCUCCGCCGUCUCCUAUCCCUUCCGGCCCGCCAUUCCCUCGUCGACUCAGUAAUCUCUCUGUCUCUUUAUCUCUUUUUCGGUGUGAUGGGGUCAGUGAAUAAUGAAGGCUGGGUGCUUGCAGGGCUGGGAGAGUGGAGGACCUCAAGACCGUUGGGGUUGGCCCCCGCGCCCACUAA